UGGUAUUCUCCCCUCAGUUACAGAGUGACUGUUGUAGCAAAAGAGUUUGCCUCAUCAGUCUCCGGUGAACUUAUUACCUCUGAGAUCGCUGGGGCGUUGUGGGAGUGGCCACCCGCCGUCUGUGGGGGUCACACAGACGAGGAAUCGUUGGAUCGGGCCAAAGUUUGGUGCACAGAGAGUUACACCAAGUUCGUAGAAAUGGCCAUGAAAUCAGAAGAAACGGGGGUGUUUGUUCAACAGUCAGUUUUUUACUUUAAAAACAAAGUUGAAGAUGUUCCCGAGCAGAUGGAAAAGAUGAAUGAACUUCGUUACUUGCCAGGAUUUCAACACAACUGCAGACUUAUUGAAGAGACAUGUGAGUAUGUUCUAAAACUUCUGGAGCAUAUUAUACUGAUCUAAAUCUGCUCUAGUAACAGUGCGCAGUGAGCCAAGAGAAUUAAAUAGAUUAUCACGUGACCGCUCGUCCAUAUAUACCUUCCACCGCAGAUAUAAGUCAGUUAGGGAUGUGAUAUUGCACACGUUUCUAGACAAGCGGCAGUGUUUCAUUGAGAUAAAUCUGUCCUUUUAAGUUAUACUUGCAUCAUGAAUUGGCCAUCUGCAUGUCAUUAUCAAAUGGCUGUAUAACGCGCGAAUUCAGAUCCAUGUAGCUCGCGCCACAGUUUUGAGCCUAUUGUUUCAUUGAAAGAUAGCCACAUGUUGAUAUAGCUCGUUUUAUGCUUGUCUCGCCCGCCACAGUUGCUUUUAUAUAGAGCUGAUAUAGAUCAUAACUUUUCUUUUUUUUUCUUUUCUUUUCUCUGAAUUAACGGAACCUUCGUUUUAUAAUCAGUGAUAUCAAGUAAUGUCACUAGCACAUAUUUUAUAACAAAUCGUGGGUUUAUAUCAUAUGGCAGGCAAACAUUUUAAUCGAAUCGAGAAAAUGAUUUACCGAACUGGGAGUUAACUCACGCAGUACUCCGAAGUUUCUACCUGGUUUUAUCAUUUAGUUGAAACUGAUUGGAGCCAGGAAAUUUUUAGUGGCUGCACCUAAGUGACAGUUUUGUUUUCUCUUUUCAGCUGUAAGCCUGGACACAGGAGUGGUUGAUGCCUACCAACACAUGGCGCCCAUGGUUGAUACAGUCACAUUCUUGCAGUGGCUUUAUAACCAGUGCCAAGAUAAGGGCUGUCGUUUUGUACAAGAUGAGAUUCAUGGGCUGUUAUCUGAUCAGGCCGAAUACUUGAAGGACAAAUACAAAGCCAGGCUCAUUAUUAACUGCUCUGGACUCAGUUCUAUAGAACUAGCUGGAGAUAAUGAGGUCUACCCUUCAAGAGGUUAGAAAAGAAAAUGUUACGUUAAAGUCAUCUAUGAUCAGAAAAGUUUUGUGUUUUCUCGGGGUAGGAUUAAGAAAUGUGUCAUUUAUGAGUAUAGUAAUGAUACAAAAACACAUUAAAUUCACGCAACAAGAACGGUGUCUUCAUUAUGUUCGUUGGAAUCGUCAAACCUGGCUAAAACUGAGUCACUGUUUGACCGUCUGACCACCUCAAGGGAAUGCUGCUUAUAUGGGUUCACUCAAUGAUCACACUACUUAAUCGGGUUGAAACUGCUGUUUUAACCCCUCCCACUCGUGUACCGGGAUGAUAAAAAAUGAGAUCAACGUAAGAACGACCUUAGUUAGUGUUCCUGUAUUAACAGUAUCAGUUUCCCUGACUAGCGAUCUUUCUCAUUCUUAGGUGCGAUCCUUAAAGUCCGCAACGAUGGGAGUUUGAUGCCAAAGUUAACGCAUUCCAUGAGCCUCUCUGUUGUUGACAAAAUUCAGGAUGUUGCACAGGAAGACCAAGAUUUCAUCUACAUCUUACCUAGAAACGACGAUAAACUUUGGCUUGGUGGCCUUGUGCAACCCAAUCAGUGGGAUAAAGAUCUUACUAUGGAUUCUCCAUCAGUCAGAAGAAUGUUUGACAAUGUCAAAGAGUUCUACCCUCCGCUGGGUAACUAUGGAGAUGAUGACGUUGAAGAAGUGCUGAUAGGACUCCGACCUGCUCGUAAAGGUGGCAAUAUUCGUUUAGAAUGGGAUGCUGUCUCACCUUCUGUUCUACAUAACUAUGGACACGGGGGUGCAGGGGUGACUCUCUCCUGGGGGUGUGCUAACGAAGUGUGCGCCAUGGUGGACCACGCCUUAAAAAGGCAUAAAUUAAUUUAUAUCUCAAAGCUGUAA